GGAGGACCCGCCUCAAGGCAUAUGUUUUCGGUAAUGGAAGAGAAGUACUGGAACAUGUUGUACGCAGAGAUGGCUAUCGCAGAGCGCAUACUUCAACUUGACAUAGAACAUUCCAAGAACUUGCAAGAAUAUACGGAAAUACUUGAGGAGUUGAAUAAAAGAUGUCAAGAAGGAAUCCUAACAAGCGAACAGGCUGCUGAAGUGGACGCUUUAUGCACUAGCUCUAAGCUUAGUCACUUGUUCAAGGCUAACGGAACAUCUCUCUAUGGCUUCGAUCUGAUUAAGAAAACUGAGUUCAUGAAAAAUAUGUGCGAACAAUCUUUUGGAUCAGUUGGGGCUUCUGCAGGAAAUGUUCACGCAGCAAAAAUGAUGUCAUCUCCUGAGAAUAUGGGAGCAGCACCGAACUUUGAGGCUUCAUCGCAGCGAGAUCCACACUAACGCCAUCGAACCGCGAAGAAACUGAAAAGAACUAGUUUUUUAUAAGUGCAAGUAGGUGAAUAUUCAGAGUCUGGGUCAUGUCUGAGCUCCUCAUAUACGUUAACAAGCUGGCGUGAAAUAUUGUUACCAAUUUUCUCUUGAAAAUGUAGUGCAUGUACCUCAUCCUUGGAUAUCGUAUGCUUAUUGUGUUGCUUUUUAUCAACAAUACUGCUCACUUCCUAUCCGUGUUGCUCAGUACUUUGGGAAAAA